AUGCUAGCAAUCGAAAAUUUUCUUAUUUUAACUAUCGGUUUUUUGGUGCUAGUGAAGGCGGGGCCUUUUAAUGCUACUGUCGACAAGCCUAACGAACCUUGUGCACCCGGCUGCCCGCGUAUUUUAGAUCCUAUAUGUGCGGUGGAUGACACAUUUAAAAAUCAUAAGUAUUUUCAUAAUCAAUGUCUCAUGGAUUACGACAGUUGUCGUUCCGGUAAAGCUUGGAAACCUACGCAAAUGUUGCUUUGCUUUGCGGACGUGGAUACCGCGUUACGUGAUGGUUGUAUGCGUGUUUGCACUUUCGUUUACAAUCCAGUUUGUGCCAGUGAUGGUAAAAAUUUCGAGAUUUUUGGCAACCAAUGUGUUCUUGGCAUCGAAAAUUGCUUAGCCAGCGACAAAUGGCUUACUGUACCAGGUGAGAAGUGUGGCCUUUAA